GAAAAUUUCAACCAGGAAGUAUUUUAGCCAGCCAGCUCCUCAUGUGAUGUAGCUGCAACGUUAUGAAGGCAAUAGUCCAGCUGGAGUAAUAUAGACAAUGUUAAAAUAACUGUUGAACCUCAGAUACGCAAAUGCAGACAUGAUGCUCCUGUGGACUGGAUAUGGAUGCUACAUAACUAAGUGAUCUCCUUGCAGCUUGGCUCAUAAAAUUUACAAAUAUGGAGGACGUUAGUACUGUGAUGUCGUGGUUCUCCAGCCCGGUUUACAGUCGCUACUGGCAGCACUAUUCGCAGGCCAUGGGCUGGUACCAGAGACACAGAAGAGCCUACCGCAAAGCCCUGGAAGCUGCCUACGGCCCACAUUUCUACCCUCAACCCUACCCCAGCAGCCAGGCCCGCUACACAGACUGGGACACAGGAGAGGGCCACAGUGAAGAUGAAGAUGAGGUGGCAGAUGAGGAAGAAGAGGAGAGCAGCUCGGACAGUGACAUUGAGUGUGAUGUCAGUAACAUGGAAAUCAGUGAGGAGCUGCGGCAGUACUUUGCUGAGACAGAAAGGCACAGAGAGGAACUCAAGAGGCAGCAGCAGAUGGAAGAGGAGCAGCAGGAAUAUGUGCCCGCUGACCAGGACCUGCACGGCUCCUCCUACAGGAGCACUGUGGCCCCUCCCACUGAGCGGCCUGGAGAGAGGCGUGCCGCAGAGAUGAAGAAACUGUACGGGAAAGAUGCCUCUAAAAUCAUGGCCAUGGAGGCUGCCAUGCAACUCACGUUUGACAGGAACUGUGACCUGAAGCAGCCAAAGUACUGGCCUGUGAUCCCACUGAAGCUGUGACCACUGCACUGUUCAGCCUAAAGGAAGCACUCUGAUUGACUGUGACUGCAGCUAGUCAAACAGAACUCAUGUUUGAAUUAUCCAACUUUACAAAAUAUUUUGACUUCAAGUAGGUUCAGAUCUGCUUCAAAGAAAAUCUGAGCAUUGCGUUAUUGGUUUCUUAUUGCUCCUCUAAAUGCUACAAGUAAAUGUAUUGAAUUUAAAUUAUCGCUUUUAUUUGCUCUGCAGUUUGGAUGUGUCAUGUUGCCAUGGCUCCUUGUGUCAUCUCAGGUUAGCUGUUAACAACCUCUCCUCUUUGGUGCAGAAAUAACGCAUGCCUUAUGCAAGGCUGCACACUAUAAAUUUAAACUUUUCACUUGGAUCUAAUUAUGUAUUUUUACAAACUUUUCACUGCUGUUUUGUCCAUUUAAAUACCAAUGUUAAACAUUUUUUAAUUGAAUUUGUUUCAAUAAAAGACAUAGAAUUUAAGUCAUAAACUUA